CACACGUGGCGGCGGCGGCAGCCAAUGAGCGGCGGCGGCGCCCGUAGGCCGAUGGGCCGGGGAGGCAGCGCCGCGCCGCAGCGAACAAAAGGCGGCGGCAGCGGCAGGGGCUGCCGGGCGGCUUCAGCGCAGCGCGGCUGAGCGGGUGCAGACUAGGCAGCCAUGUCAGCCAAAGCCAUCUCUGAGCAGACGGGGAAGGAGUUCUUGUACAAGUACAUCUGCACCUCUUCUGCCAUCCAGAACCGCUUCAAGUAUGCCCGUGUCACCCCGGACACCGACUGGGCACGGCUCACCCAGGACCACCCCUGGCUGCUGAGCGAGCGUUUAGUGGUGAAGCCAGAUCAGCUGAUCAAGCGGCGUGGGAAGCUGGGGCUGGUUGGAAUUAACCUCACACUGGAUCAGGUGAAGGUUUGGCUCAAGCAGCGUUUGGGCCAAGAAACCACGAUCGCUAAUGCAAAGGGAAUCCUGAAGAAUUUUCUGAUUGAACCCUUCGUCCCUCACAAACAGGAGGAAGAGUUCUAUGUCUGCAUAUAUGCUGCCCGGGAGGGAGACUAUGUCCUCUUCUACCACGAAGGAGGUGUGGAUGUGGGAGAUGUUGAUGCCAAAGCUCAGAAGCUGCUUGUGGCAGUGGACGAAAAGCUCAGUGAGUCGGAUGUGAAGAAGCAUCUCCUGCAGCACGCACCAGCAAAUAAAAAGGACAUCCUGGCUAGCUUCAUCUGUGGCCUGUUCAAUCUUUAUGAAGAUCUGUAUUUCACAUACCUCGAGAUCAAUCCAUUAGUAGUGACUGGUGAUGGUGUCUACAUCCUUGAUUUGGCUGCGAAGAUUGAUGCAACUGCUGACUACAUCUGCAAAGUGAAAUGGGGGGAUGUGGAGUUUCCCCCUCCCUUCGGCAGGGAAGCCUACCCAGAGGAAGCCUACAUUGCUGAUCUGGAUGCAAAGAGUGGAGCCAGCUUGAAACUCACUAUUCUCAACCCUAAAGGCAGAAUCUGGACCAUGGUGGCUGGUGGUGGAGCCUCUGUGGUUUACAGUGACACUAUUUGUGACCUGGGGGGUGUGAAUGAACUGGCUAACUAUGGUGAAUACUCAGGAGCCCCAAGUGAGCAACAGACCUAUGACUAUGCCAAGACUAUCCUCUCCCUCAUGACACGGGAGAAACACCCUGAAGGCAAAAUCCUGAUCAUUGGAGGCAGCAUUGCUAACUUCACUAACGUAGCAGCCACUUUUAAGGGCAUUGUUAGAGCAAUUAAGGAUUACCAAGGCCCCCUGAAAGAGCAUGAGGUGAGGAUCUUUGUGCGGAGAGGAGGCCCAAACUACCAGGAAGGAUUGCGUGUCAUGGGGGAAGUUGGGAAGACCACUGGGAUCCCCAUCCACGUCUUUGGCACAGAGACUCACAUGACUGCGAUUGUGGGGAUGGCACUUGGCCAUCGACCAAUCCCCAACCAACCGCCUACUGCAGCCCACACUGCCAACUUCCUCCUCAAUGCCAGCGGCAGCCCAUCGACGCCAGCACCAAGCAGAACAGCUUCUUUCUCUGAGUCCAAACCUGAUGAUAUUGCUCCAGCCAAGAAGGCAAAGCCGACAGCACCUCUUGAUUCAGUCCCAGCUCCAAGACCUGGUACAGGUAAAGCUACAACCCUGUUCAGCCGUCACACCAAAGCUAUCAUCUGGGGAAUGCAGACACGAGCUGUGCAAGGAAUGCUGGACUUCGAUUAUGUCUGCUCCCGGGAUGAGCCUUCUGUAGCUGCCAUGGUUUAUCCAUUCACUGGUGACCACAGGCAGAAGUUCUAUUGGGGCCACAAAGAAAUCUUGAUCCCAGUCUACAAGAACAUGUCUGAUGCUAUGAGGAAGCACCCAGAGGUGGAUGUUCUCAUCAACUUUGCAUCUCUGCGCUCUGCUUAUGACAGCACUGUUGAAACAAUGAAUUAUCCACAGAUCCGCACCAUUGCCAUUAUUGCUGAGGGCAUUCCAGAGGCACUGACACGCAAGCUGAUCAAAGCAGCUGAUAAAAAAGGAGUCACUAUCAUUGGGCCUGCAACUGUUGGUGGGAUCAAACCAGGUUGCUUCAAAAUAGGCAACACAGGAGGCAUGCUUGAUAAUAUCUUAGCAUCAAAACUGUACCGUCCUGGCAGCGUGGCUUAUGUUUCAAGGUCUGGAGGAAUGUCUAAUGAGCUCAACAACAUAAUUUCCAGAACCACUGAUGGGGUCUAUGAAGGGGUGGCCAUUGGAGGAGACAGAUAUCCUGGUUCGACUUUUAUGGAUCAUGUCUUGCGUUAUCAGGAUACUCCAGGAGUGAAAAUGAUUGUAGUACUUGGAGAGAUUGGAGGCACGGAAGAGUACAAGAUCUGUAGGGGUAUUAAAGAAGGCCGUAUCACCAAGCCAGUGGUGUGCUGGUGUAUUGGUACCUGUGCCACCAUGUUCUCUUCAGAGGUGCAGUUUGGCCAUGCAGGAGCUUGUGCCAACCAGGCUUCUGAAACUGCUGUUGCAAAGAAUCAAGCCUUGAAAGAAGCUGGUGUGUUUGUUCCGCGGAGUUUUGAUGAGCUGGGAGAGGUCAUUCAGUCUGUCUAUCAGGAUCUUGUGGCGAAAAGAGUGAUUGAGCCAGCUGAGGAAGUUCCUCCUCCAACUGUGCCAAUGGAUUAUUCCUGGGCAAGGGAGCUGGGUCUGAUCCGCAAGCCGGCUUCCUUUAUGACAAGCAUCUGUGAUGAGAGAGGUCAGGAACUGAUUUAUGCCGGCAUGCCAAUCACUGAAGUCUUCAAAGAAGAGAUGGGAAUUGGAGGGGUCCUGGGCCUGCUCUGGUUUCAAAGGAGGUUGCCAAAGUAUGCCUGCCAAUUCAUUGAGAUGUGUUUGAUGGUAACAGCAGAUCACGGGCCUGCUGUAUCUGGAGCCCACAACACUAUUGUCUGUGCAAGAGCUGGAAAAGAUCUUGUUUCAAGUCUCACUUCAGGCCUCCUUACAAUAGGUGACCGGUUUGGUGGAGCGCUGGAUGCUGCAGCUAAAAUGUUCAGCAAAGCUUUUGACAGUGGGAUUAUCCCUAUGGAGUUUGUGAAUAAGAUGAAGAAAGAAGGGAAACUGAUCAUGGGCAUUGGACACAGAGUCAAAUCAAUAAAUAACCCAGACAUGAGAGUUCAGAUUCUCAAAGACUACGUGAAGCAGCAUUUCCCUGCCACCCCGCUGUUGGAUUAUGCACUCGAAGUAGAAAAAAUUACAACUUCCAAGAAACCAAAUCUUAUCCUGAAUGUAGAUGGCUUUAUUGGAGUUGCCUUUGUUGAUGUACUCAGGAAUUGUGGCUCUUUCACACGGGAAGAAGCUGAUGAAUAUAUUGAUAUAGGAGCUCUUAAUGGCAUCUUUGUACUAGGCAGGAGUAUGGGAUUCAUUGGACACUACCUAGACCAGAAGAGAUUGAAGCAAGGUCUGUACCGUCACCCGUGGGAUGACAUAUCCUAUGUUUUACCAGAGCACAUGACUAUGUGAUACUGCCUCAGAACGUUACUUCAAGGAGUUGGAAGCCUGCACAGAGGACAGCCACAAAUGGGACUUUGAUGUAUAAAGGCCAUUGGUACAGACAUUGAGCUGCCUAGUUAAACUGUGCAAAGCAACUGUUUUGUAAGAAUAGAAACUUAAUCAAAAACCAAAACUUGUGAUGUUCCAUGUUACCUGCUGUAUUUAAUACUGUUUCUCACCCUUUUAUUUUUUUCUACUCUAGUUUUAUUUUUGUUUCCAGGAAAGAUUUUAAGGAUUCUGGAGGGGGGAAGUUUUGCUCAUGGAGUUGUACUGAACUUUCUCUGAUAGAGGGGGAAGUACCCAUCAUUCCCAUAAGCUAUGAUUUGGGGGUUGUGGACUGUUUAGUGUGGGGUUUGGGGGGAUGUUAUUCAAUUUGUUUACUGUGUGUUCAUAGGUCUAAUCAUAUCCUGAAUAGUGGGACCACUGCUGGUGUAUAACCUAUGUUACUCAAACUUCGGUGUCGUAAUUUAAAGUUGUACCAUAUACUGCUGUUAAAACUGUGAAACUAAAUGUAUUCCAGUGCCUGUAUUUAUGCAAACAAUUCCUCAUUUACUCCUCAGCUGCUGGUAUAUGGAAUGUCAGUCCCAUGUUAUCUGCAGAUGCAAAAAUAAUCUCAGUACUAACUUCAGCAUCCUCUUUGUGUAUUGUAACCAACCUCAAAUAAAUGACACACUACUCCCUUA